AUGUGGUAUGGACGAAUUACUGUUGGAAAUUCUAAGAUUUCCCCAAAACCAUUUCAACCACCGAAAUUCUACUCAUCCGAUUCCAAAUUCAUCCUUGAUGAAUUGAAAUUGACUGCAAAUGUCAAAACAUCAAAUUUGCUUGUUGGAAAUGGAUUUUAUCGUAUCACACGGAAAUUAAUUUUGAUAUCACAAACUGUAUUUGGAAUAUUUCCUGUACGCGGUUUGCGUCAACCGACGUCAGAACAUUUGAAAUUCAACAUGAAAAGCUUCUCGUUCAUUUAUUCAAUGGUCAUUCAAAUGUGUAUUAUCUUCAUGUUCUCAACGUCUAUUUAUAAACAGCUCAACAGCAAAAUUGUGUACACAAAAGUUGUCAAGUUUGUCUUUUUCUUCUUAAACUUUCUCGUUUACUUAAACUUUACAAUUGUGGCUAGGAAAUGGCCGCAAUAUGUAAAACAUUGGGAGCGUGCCGAGCAAAAGCUUCUCGAGCUUCACAUCAUGCAACAACAGAAUCAACAAGUGCAGAGGAAAAUUUGGAAAAUUGCCAUCGUAAUUAUGUUCUUGGCAUUAAUCGAGCACAAUCUUGGCAUCGCUUCCGGUGUUUAUGUUUCCAAAUCAUGCUGGGGUGUCCAUUCAGCUGAAGAAGCUUACUUUCGACAAUCAUUUACGGACUUUUUUGCGAGCUUCAAAUUCAACAUUUAUUUGGGUUUAUUUGCACAAAUUGUCAAUUUAUUUUGCGCAUUCGCAUGGAACUUUAUCGAUGUUUACUUAAUAAUCGUUAGCGUAUUGUUGACUGAAAAAUUUGCAUGCAUAAAUCGUCGGCUGGAAAGUAAUUUAAGCGUGCAUUCAUCAAAAUUUUGGAAUGAAAUCUGGUGUGGAUAUAAAAUCUGUGUGGAAUUGGUUGAUCGAACGAACGAACUGAACGGUGGAACAAUUUUAAUAUCAUUUUUCAGCAAUCUAUAUUUCAUUUGCGUUCAGUUGCUUGGUUGCUUCAAAUCAGAAUCAUCAAUAUUGGAUGGACUUUAUUUGUGGUUUUCACUAAUUUUUCUUAUUGCACGUACAUUGGCUCUGUGUCUGUUUGCGUCGGAAAUUAACGAUGAAUCGUUGAAACCACUUCAAACUUUGAGGUCUAUUCAUUCAGACUAUUUUGACAUCACAAUGAAUCGAUUUACGGAACAAUUGAUGAAUGGAAAAGUCGCUUUGACAGGCAUCAAUUUUUUCUAUCUUACCAGGAAAUUGAUUCUCAGUAUUUCAGGAACAGUCGUCACUUACGUGCUCGUUAUGGUUCAAUUCAACGAGGCAGAAGAGAAAGAGUCUGAUAACAAUCCAUGCACUUGA